UUUAUGAAUGAAAAAUAUCGGAGCUCUUUCGCCGACGUCACAGCCAAUUUCUCGUCAUGGGCGUCGCGCGGAGAACCGGAAAUGGCGGAAAGAGUGGAUGUCGAAACCAAAAUCGUUCCGCAGGGACGGAACGCCCGUGAAAACAUCGUCACCCCAGAUAACGAGGCUUUCUUCUUUCCUUUCAGCCAGCCACACGUCCCUGAUCAAAAUUCAUCGACCGUACGUGGCUCCCAUCGGCUAUAAAACCGCUCUGUCUUGGUUCGUACCGGCAUUCGGUGGUUAGCCUCGCAAAUCGGUGGGUAGCGUCAUGAAGUAUCUUACGAUCGUUGCGUCCGUGACCCUUCUAGCAGCCGUUGCGGCCGCUCAAAGGACGGAGACCACGGCUGACGCCCUGCAAAGCAUUUAUUACAGGUGCGUAGACAACGAGUCGAUGUACUCCUGCGUGAAACCCAAGGUGCUCGCCUAUCUGAGCAACGCCGUCAAGCAAGACAGACUCGCCAUCACCGAGGACUUGGCGGUGGUGAAGUCCAGAGACAUGCCCGAGGAUAACACCGAAGAAUACCUGUCCCAGUACGGAACCGUGGACCCCUCUAGAAAAGAGCUUCUGAGGUCCAUGAUGCUGGAGAAGUUGGACGGGUACCUGUCGAGCCACCAGCUCGAGGCUAAGCUGCCAGAAGCCAUCGCUGGGUCCAACAUUGUACCCAGAUCCUUGGUCGACAGCAUGCCCAGGACUUUAACUAUACCCCUUUCGGAUUCCUCGAACGGUCAAGGCCGUGGAUUCGUUAAAAAAGUGAUGAUACCGUUCCUCCUGGGUUUGAAGUUCAAGGCCACAGCCUUGGUGCCUUUGGCGCUGGCUCUCAUCGCGCUGAAGACGUGGAAAGCCCUCACCCUGGGUCUCCUGUCGUUGGUUCUCAGCGGAGCAAUGAUGAUCUUCAAGCUGACCAAGCCAAAGGUCGCCUACGAGGUCGUUCACUACGGCCACCCUCCCGUGGAGCAUCCCCCACACUGGGACGCAGCGCCCCAUGGACCCUACAGGGCCUACAGGAAGUAG